GAGAACAGGCUGCGUGGAACAAUUUAUCCAAGCCUUGAGCCUGCUCAGAAUAAGAAAAGCAAGAAAAAAACCCAUAACUGUGUCACCACUAACAGUAACUAGUCAAAUCAAAUCAAAGUCAACAUAAAACAUACUCAACUAGUCAACUCAACCUAACAAAACAUAACGGAAGAAGAGGUUAUGUUUGUGUAUUUAGAAUUUUAGAUUUUGUUUAAAGUUUAAACCAAUUCAAAGGGUUGGUUGGUAUUUACGUUAAUACGUAGACAUUCAGCAAAAACUUAAACCAAAAAUGAAUUCACACUGUACUAAUACAAGUUUAUUUUUACUAAGACUUGUCAGAAGAAAUUACCUUACAUUCUGUAAACGGACAGCAUUUGAAAACCACCAUCAAAACUUUAGUAGAAAUGUCGUAAAUUCUGCUAAGACAGAAUCAUUAAAAAAAGUUAAAGAAAAAGUUGAAAAAGAAAGGACUGUUGGAGAUGGUACUGAUGAUAAAUUGAAAAGUUAUUUAUCUUCUGACAAGCAUAAUCCUGAUAGCUUUGGUACCUUAAGUAAGGAUUGGAAAACCUAUCAGCAACUUCAAAAUCUACCUGAAGAAGAGGAUGAUAUUGUCGUCAAAGAAUAUGUGUAUGGUGAUGAAAAUAAAACUAGACUUACCAUCAAUCAAUAUGGCAGGAUCAUUAAGAAGUUUUUAGAACAAAAAAAGGUCAGCCAAGCAAUUGAUGUUCUUGAAACUCGAAUGUUAAAAGAGGAUCUUGUUAAUCCUGACAACUAUAUUUACAAUUUACUGAUAGGAGCUUGUGGAAAUGUUGGUUACACAAGGAAAGCAUUUAGUCUCUAUAAAAUGAUGAGGGGUCGUGGCUUGAAAGUGACAGGUCACACAUACACAGGUUUGUUCAAUGCCUGUGCCAACAGUCCAUACCCUGAAGAUGCUCUCCUCCGAGCGCAGCAUCUCAGAGUUACGUUAGUAGAAAGAGCUUUCCUAAUGAAUCAGACUCUAUACCACGCCAUGAUCAAAGCUUUUGGGCGUUGUGGGGACAUACAAACAGCCUUUGAACUGGUAGAUGAAAUGAUCGAAAAGAAGAUAAUGGUGACAGGUGAAACGUUUAACUUCUUGUUGCAGGCUUGUAUCACUGACAAGUCAGCAGGAUUUAGACAAGCACUACUGGUCUGGCGCAAGAUGUUGGACAAGCGAGUGAGGCCGAGCUUGUUCUCUUUCAACCUCCUGCUACGUUGUAGCAGAGAUUGUGGCAUGGGAGAUGAUACCUCAACGGAGUUAGUAGUACAGGUCUUGCUACAGGCUGGCCAGAAGAAUUCCAAUAGGUUAAAGUUGACGGCUCCCUCAGAACAGCUAGAAAGCCAGAUGACAGUAACUGAAGACUCAGGACAGAAUGUGCCCAACCUAAUCUCUCCAAAGCCGACCAUGGGAGAUGUUGUGGUUAUGAAGAGAAUUGCUUCACCUGAACACAGGUUGCUGUUGAUGGGUGGCAGUUCAGGUGUCCUAGACCUUAUGGAGAAAUUUAAUGUGAAACCAGACAUUAAGACUUUCACUCAACUCCUGGACCAGAUUCCAUCUACACUCUCUGCUGAAAAUGAUCUUCUUUGUAGAAUAAAACAGGCAAACGUUCCAAUUGACUGUGAUUUCUGCAACAUGCUGAUACGCAAGAGAGCAUUGCGUGGCGACUAUGAAAAUGCAAAGUGCACUCUAAGGCUGAUUUAUGAGGAGAAACUGAAACCAAAUAUGUUGACCUUUGGAGUAUUAGCAAUGGCUUGUCAGGACCUCACCUCUGCUCGUCAACUGCUAAAUGAUAUCGACAAGUUCGGCUUUCGCCCAAACAUUGAGACUCUUGGAACUUUAGUGAAAAAUGCAUGCUAUGGAAGAGACUGUGACUUCAUCAUAGAAAUAAUGAAAGAAGUAGAAAAAGUAAACUUGAAGCCUAAUACACAGUUUCUUAAACACCUUGAUAAAUUCUACAAAUUUGCUACAAGAGUUUUAAAGGAAAAGCUCACAGACGACACAGGAGUGUUGAACGGGGAAAAGUUUGAUCAGUUUGUUAAGCUCUACCAAGUAUGGAGACGUGAAAUGAAACCAGACGAUCACCCCGACCCUUGGGAACAGUUCAAGAACAGACCCUUUGAAUCUGAAGACCUUGAGCUCAUGAAAUACAAAAGCAUUUACAGAGGCAGAAACGCAAAAGAAUAGGCUUCUCUGUGAACACUGAACAUAAUUUUUUAAUUUGUAUUAAAUUGUAAUCUGGAUGCACAAGACUUCUCACCUUGUAUAGCUUCUUCUGUAUAGCUUUGUAAAUAAUUUGCAUUAUAAAUACAGGCUGAAUAAAUAAAAACCUUAUUGAAGAGUAUUUUUUAAUGAAAACAUAG